AUGACCGACAGCCUGGAGGUAGUGCCUCUGGGUGCAGGAUGCGAAGUCGGACGGUCGUGCAUAAAAGUGUCAUAUCACGGCAAGACGAUACUGUUGGAUUGCGGUAUUCAUCCAGCUCAUUCCGGAUUGCCUGCGUUGCCGGUGUUCGACGGGGUGGACUUGAGUAAAGUGGAUUUGUGUCUGGUCACGCACUUCCACCUGGACCACUGCGGCGUGGUACCAUAUCUGUUGCAGCACACGUGGUUCCGGGGUAAGACGAUCAUGACGGAGCCGACGAAAGCGAUUUGUCAUCUGGUAUGGAACGACUUUGCAGCAUUCGCGCGGCAUACGAGUAAAAGUCCGUUGUACACUGAGCAGGACAUCCGCGCAUGUUUGCCUAAGAUCGAUGUGAUGCAUUUCAAUCAAACGGUGGUCUACAACGGCAUCGAGGUGACGGCCUUGGGGGCUGGACAUGUAGUCGGCGCGUGCAUGUUCCUUGUGGCAAUUGAUGGCGUGAACAUUCUAUACACUGGGGACUACAGUGCCGAAGAUGAAAGACAUGUACCCCAAAUUUACGUACCACCAUCCUUCAGUGUGCAAGUGUUAAUUUGCGAAGCCACCUACGGCAUUCGCAACCACGAGGCGAGACACGCACGCGAAGCACGGUUUUUGGCAACUGUGGAGAACAUUGUUGUCGGCCGUAGGGGCAAGUGUCUGCUACCUAUCUUCGCCUUGGGCAGAGUGCAGGAACUGCUUUCUAUGCUCAACGAAAGAUGGCAGCAAAAUCCGGCCCUACAGUCUAUCCCUAUCAUUUACCUCUCCUCGCUCUCCGGCAAAGGCAUUCAGAUUAUGCGCGAAUACGCCGCAACCUACGCUGGCACCUAUGUUAAGAAUAAAGCACUCCGUGGCCAGAAUGCUUUUGCAUUCAAAUAUGUAAAGUCAGCCAGGUCGCUCGAGGAGGUUACCUCCAUCAUCAAUAACGACGACAUGCCUUGCGUCGUCCUAGCCGCACCGGGCAUGCUCCAGUCCGGACCGAGUCGGGAGAUAUUCGAAAUGUGGUGUGGCGACAGACGCAAUGGCAUCAUCUUAACUGGCUACACUCUCAGAGGCACUCUAGCCGACCAACUCAAGUCCCUACCGUCAUCCAUUGUGCGAUCGGACGGACGCGAAAUACCCGUACGGUCUUCUUUUGAUAUCAUCUCAUUCAGUGCUCACGCCGACUUUGACCAAUCCAAUCGACUCAUUGACGCAGUCCAACCCCCCGUGGUUGUACUUGUUCAUGGCGAGAAAAAUGAAAUGAAGUCUCUCCAACAAAAAUUGGCCACCAUUCGACCGUCUCUAGCUGUCUUUGCGCCCCAGAUACUCCAAAAAAUCACCGUCGAGUUCUCCCAGCAACAUGAUUCCGAAAUUGUUGGACCUACCCUAGCCAAACACGUUCUAGAAUCUAACGAGAUUGCCGACUUCCAAACGGAGGCAAUUGUUCUCAAAAAAGACGAUACAAACCAGUUCGUGGCCGAGGAGGACCUCUCUGACUUGCUGCAGACAUCCGUUUUCAGUAUUGACGUCGAUACUGAUUUUCUUCUCGACAAGCACACACGUGCGCUAAUCCAAAAUUCCCCGAACAAUGACGAGGCGUACGAACCAAUUACACCCGAUCAUGAUGCCGAGCAGAAUCUCGAGAAAGUCUCUGAGGCAUCCGAUCCGAAUGUAGGCGCACCAUGCAGCGUAGGCCAGAUACCGGCGAUGGUCCCAGGAGAGCAAACUGCAGACGAUCUUCUCGCUUCGAUAGUUGAGCUAAAAGAAGAGUUCAACGCUCCAGCCGUUGCAGACGACCCGCAGCUAGGUCUGGACUCUUUCAAAGAGCAACCAAGCUUAAACAUGGUGCCAAGCUCAAGUCUGGUGCCAAGCUCAAGUCUGGUGCCAAGCUCAAGUCUGGUGCCAAGCUCAAGUCUGGUGCCAAGCUCAAGUCUGGUACCAAGCUCAAGUCUGGUGCCAAGCUCAAGUCUGGUAGCUGAAGACGGGCUUAAAGAAGAUGAAUUCGAAGAAAGAACAAGAGAAAAAGCGCACGACGAAGGUGACGAGGUGAAUGAUGACCAAGCCCUGGGUAUGGCGCAUCAUGACUCGACGCAGGGGGAUUUAGAGAAAGAGAAACAUCCUAUUCAACGCUUGCUUGGAGCUCUGAUGGAGACCAAGGCCAAAUCAAUUCCUGGCUACCCGGGGGCCCCAUGGAAGAUGAUUUCGCCAUUAGCGGCCGAAUCUGACUAUAUUCGUCUCACUCUCAAUGAUGAUUGUUCGAUUUUGAACGUUUCUUUCUUAUGGACUGAACAGAGAAUGGAAGUGUAUUAUUUCUGGGCGUAUUUGUUACUGGAACAUACGAAGUUGGCUCCGGAAGAAACUGCUAGCGAAAGAGUUAUUGUGAGACAACUAUUGGAGAGCAAACUUAAAAUCGAACAACCAGGAUGA